UCACAUCAGCAAAGCGGAAGCAAAAAUUGAGGAAUCGUCCCAAACUUGAUAGGGCAAGAAAUACCAGAAGCAGAAUUAUAAUUUGGACGUGAAGAAUGAGCGUACAUGUUAAUUAGCGAUGGGUUUUGGGACGGACUUCCAAGGGAAGGAAUCCCACGAGUCCCUUCUCCGUAUCCAGGACUGUGAGAUUCGAGUCCUUGACAACAUCAAACGGUGCCUAGCCGUGCGUAUCGACAGUGAUAAGAAAUAUGCAGCAUCACUCAACACCAUUGUACAAAGUGCUCAGAAACUGGACGCCAAUGAAUUUCAGGCUCACAGUUCUGUAUUCAAGGGCUGGGAUACCAUUGUUAGACAAACAGACCGAUUUGUAAAACUGCUCAAACAGAAUGUGGAAGAAAUGUCGUCCAAGACAAUGGAGAAACUGACCAACCUCAUCAUCGAAAAAAAGGCCACCAGGCGUCAAUAUCAGGAGGAACGCAGCAAACUGGACCUGGAGUUCACAAAGGUACAGGAGGAUGUCAACAAAUACAAACAGGAAUAUGGCAAGUGUCUACAGCGGGUCAGUCAGGACCAGUCAAAGUUCAACGACAUGAUGUCUAAAGGUAAAACUGGAGCCAAGUUGGAGGAUGUUAAGAAAAAGUUACAGCGGUCGACAGCGAGUCUACACCGAGUCCACAAUGACUACGUGUUGUCCCUGCGGGAGGUUAUGGCUCAUCAGACAUGCUACCUAUCUCAGUCUCUCCCGACAUUUCUAGAUGGUCAGCAGACGGCCCAGGAAGCUCUCCUUCAUCAGUGUAAAGAUGUGUUAAUGCAGUACCACAGACUGACAAAUUUCACAAAUGAGGAAUUUACAAAUGUGGUCACAACCAUAGAAGAAUCCAUAGUAAACAUUGUCCCAGAAAAUGAGUACUCAGACAAGUUUAUCGCCGAGUUCAGGAGCGACCCAAUAGAAGCUACAACGUUUGAGUUUGAUACGGGUCUCCUUGACGAUUACCAGGGAACAUUAGUGGAGAAAAAAUUAGCUGUAGAUGAUCUAACUCACGACACGCUCAAAGCUAGGUUAGCGGCGUUAGAGGAUGAUUUGUCGUCUCUUCAGAAAAGUUUGAAGGACAAGGAACCGAAAGUCAAAGAAAUAGAUGAUCAAUUAGAAGACCUUAGGAAUAAAUGUAAAACAGAUGAAUUAGUAAAACCAGUACUCUCCAAACAGAUGUGGGAGCGAGAUAAAGCGUUCUACGAACUGACUGUAACUAAGGUGAAGGUAGCUGUAUUAGAGGAGAUGGUUACAACACUAACAAAUGAUCUGGAAUCGGUAGGAGAUGAUAUUCCGUCGGCCAUGUUAGAUUCCAGUAUGGUGGCCGAUCGCCAGUCCUUAAGUGAUCUGUCCACAUCUCCAUCUCCAAUACCAGGCGUGAGUAAACUCAAAAACCUAAAACGUCACAUGACCGGCGUGUUACGACGUCAAGGCCAGGAUAAAGAGGAACGCGAGUCUGAGAAAGGUCACAGUUAUGAAGAACAGUCACUAGAUCACAUCAACGGCCCUGGUCUGACUAAUACAAACAAUAUCUCGGGUGCGGAGGCCCUAGCUGACCCUAGCCGACCUCUAGAGGAAGAAGAAUGGUUCCAUGGUGUCCUGCCUCGAGAAGAAGUCCAGCGUCUUUUGGUGAAUGACGGAGAUUUCCUCGUCCGAGAGAGCAAGAACCGGAAAACCAAUGAGACCCAAUAUGUUCUCUCUGUGGGGUGGCAAGGAUACAAACACUUUAUCAUACAAUACGGAGAGGGUGGCUGGCGGUUUGAGGGGCCAUCAUUUCCUACAAUUCAUGAGUUGGUGAACUACCAGUACAAAAUUGGGACAGACGUGACGAGUAAGUCCAGAGCCAUCCUGAAAAAACCCAUCCUCCGCGAACAAUGGCAGCUGAAGAAUGAUGACAUCGCUCUCGAAAUGAAAAUUGGAAAUGGAAACUUUGGUGAGGUUUACCGUGGAAUAUACAAAGCAGAUAACCAGACCGUAGCGGUGAAAACGUGUCGCGACACACUAUCUGAGGAUCAGCGUAAAAAGUUUCUCAUGGAGGGACGCAUCCUGAAGCAGUAUGACCAUCCCAAUAUUGUCAGGUUUAUAGGAAUCGCGGCUCAGCGACAACCCGUGAUGAUUGUGAUGGAAUACGUUGCAGGUGGUGCUCUGUUGACUUUCCUGAGGAGGCAAGGAAAACACCAAACCAAAAAACAGCUUACACAGAUGUGUGAGGAUGCAGCUAAAGGCAUGACGUACCUGGAGAAUAAGAGCUGUAUACACAGGGACCUGGCGGCCCGUAACUGUCUAGUGGGAGAUGGGAAUGUUGUGAAGAUAUCGGACUUUGGAAUGUCACGAGAGGAGGAAGAGUACACUGUAUCUGAGGGGCUUAAACAGAUCCCCAUAAAAUGGACUGCUCCAGAGGCCCUCCUGUAUGGUAAAUACACGUCCCUUUGUGAUGUGUGGAGUUUUGGAAUCCUCAUGUGGGAGGUUUUCUCCGGUGGACAGACUCCAUAUUCUGGGAUGAGCAAUAAUCAGGCCAGGGAGAGAGUGGACGACGGGUACCGAAUGCCGCCACCAGAGGGCACCCCAGAACCAGUGUAUAAAUUAAUGCUCAGGAUAUGGGAGUACGACACAUCAAAAAGGCCUCACUUCGCUGAAGUUAUGAAGGAGUUAACGAACAUUAUCAAAAGAUUAUAAUGGCAGUUAUAUUUUGAUUUAAGAUUGUUAAAUUAUUAUAAAAAACUUUGAAUAUCCUGAUCCAACUAUCAAUGGAAGAUAUAAAAUUAUGUGUGAAAUCUUUUAUUUUGUUACUGUAGAUAAGAAAAUACAUAUUUUAAGUUAGAGCUGAACUGGAACAGUGUUAAUAUAAGAUGGAAUGCUCUUUAUUUGCUCGGUUUUCACCCCUGUGAACAGCUUCGGUAAUCUUGAGGCGGGGUUUGCUUGACUAAAUCACUGAAUAACAUACGGGAGGUUGUCGCAUGUCCUCCAGAGUAAUUAGGGUUCAGUGUCUUGUCCAAGGACAUAACCAUGACUGCACAGACUGGCUUGCUUCUCGAUUUCCCAAGAAUCACAAACUACCAAUGGUAGGGAGCAUCCAUCUUGGAUCUUCAGCUGAGGAUUUGGUGUAGAAUUCUGUUGAUCACAAAACUCAUAUUUAUAAGAAUAUAAGUGAAAGCCUAUUUAUGAAUCUUUUUAUCAGGCAGGUGAAUUUCAGUAUGAUUUUCUCUGUAGAGACAAUUGUGUGAUAUAUAUUUAUUAUGACGUCAUAAAGUAUCGCAACAUCACAAUAGUGUUAUUACACGUGUCUAUAUGACAUGGUAAAACCAACCAGUUAUGUGAUAGUAUUUCCUGUCUUAUAGGACAUAAAAUUAUGUGUCAAACAGAAUGUGAAGAUAGUAGAAUGUUCCAGAGCUCAGUGGUUUAGGAUAAUUUGGUGACAAUAGAAUGUUACAGCUUGGUUUAGGAUAAUUUGGUGACAAUAGAAUUUUCUACAGCUUGGUUUAGGAUAAUUUGGUGAUAAUAGAAUGUUCUAUAUAGCUUGGUUUAGGAUAAUUUGGUGAUAGAAUGUUCCACGGCUUGGUUUAGGAUAAUUUGGUGAUAUAAUUUUCUACAGCUUGGUUUAGGACAAUUUGGUGAUAGAAUGUUCCACGGCUUGGUUUAGGAUAAUUUGGUGAUAUAAUUUUCUACAGCUUGGUUUAGGACAAUUUGGUGACAAUAGAAUGUUCCACAGCUUGGUUUAGGAUAAUUCGGUGACAAUAGAAUGUUCCACAGCUUGG